AUGGCCAAACGUCCGCAGAAGCGCAAGGCCGAUGAGGCAGAUACUCUUGCCGAGGAAUCCUCAGCCAAGUCCAGACGCGGCAUAUCCGAGCAACGACGCGAGGAACAAUCCAGCGAAGCCUCAGAAUUGCUUCCCUUGACCCAGCUAUCUCAGGUCGCGGGAGCCGAUGAAGCUGACGAUGAAGCCGCAAAUGUGGUCUCUGAGACUCAUGGUGGCGAGCGGCAGCCGGAGUCGGUGUCAGAAAGAAUGCUUUACGGAGUUCUUGAAACCAAAAUUGUUGGAGUCCGCUACUACAGAGGCUUUGCGAACGUUGGCGAGCACGUUAUUCUGAAACGAGAGCCGGAGAACCAAUAUGAUAAGAACGCAAUCCGAGUGACUAAUGUAAUGGGUGACCAGAUCGGCCACAUUGGACGCCACGUCGCUGCGAGGCUAGCACCAUACAUGGAUUCUGGUGACCUCCAAGUCGAGGGCAUUCUCACCGGCCAGAUUGGAACGUUUGAUUGCCCCGUGGCCCUACCGCUAUAUGGCACUGCAAACGUUGACGAUAGAGAGGGACUCAAGCAACGAAUGCAAGCAGACAGGCUUCCUCUGAAGGAGUUUCAAGAGGCCAAGAGGGCUGAAACUCAACGUAGGAAGGAAGCGGAAGCAGCCGCAAAAGCAGCCGCGAAGCAAGCCCGUGCUUUGGCCCUUGGAAAAGCUGCUACAUCGUGGCAGAGUAACGAAAAUGCCAUGUUUGCAAACCUUUCUUCACCGACCGGCCUUGCCGGGGACCUGAAUCCAUCGAAGAGCUUCUCAGUCAAAGCAAGGCAAGGAUUGGCGUGGUUAAUUGAUCGUGAAUCUCCCGCUUUUCCACCUCCAGGUUCCGACGGUGUCGUACAGUUGUGGAAGCGCAGCGGAAAGCAAUACAACAACAUAGCAACUAACUUCACAACUCCGAAUGAACCGCCGCUUGCAAGUGGAGGUAUUCUGGCGGAUGAUAUGGGCUUAGGAAAGACGAUCCAAAUUAUUUCGUUGAUCCUGGCCAAUUCUGCUCCUCGCACCUCAGCCUCGAGCAAGUCCACUCUGAUUAUCGCCCCCGUUGGCGUGAUGAGCAACUGGAGGAAUCAAAUACAUGACCACACCCGAGCAGAAUCAACGCCCCGUGUGUUGAUUUACCAUGGCACUGCCAAAAAGGAGGUGAAAGAUCUAACGGAAUACGAUGUGGUGAUCACGAGUUACGGAGCGCUGGUACAAGAAUACAACCCAGAGGCGAAAAGUCCGCUCAAGGGAAUAUUCUCUGUUCACUGGCGUCGAAUUGUGCUGGAUGAAGGCCACCAAAUUCGAAAUCCACAAUCAAAAGGAUCCCUCGCAGCCUGUUCUCUGCGUGCCGAUUCUCGCUGGACACUCACAGGGACGCCAAUCAUCAAUACCCUCAGAGACCUAUACUCCCAAGUCCGAUUCUUGAAGCUUACCGGCGGCCUAGAGGAGGAGCCCAUGUUCAAUACCAUCUUGAUCCGUCCUCUGACAUGUGGCAGCCCCGAUGCUCGCUUGCUUCUGGAAGCACUAAUGGGUACCAUUUGUCUCAGACGACGAAAGGAUAUGAACUUCAUCAACUUACGCUUACCUCCAAUGACUUCUCGGAUUCUUCGAGUCAAGUUCAAUGACUAUGAGCGAGAGAGAUACAGCGCAUUCCAAUCCGAAGCAAAGGGUGCUCUGCUCAACCUCAAAGAUAAGCAGGGCCAAUCAAGCUAUUCCCAUCUGCUCGAAGUUCUCUUACGCCUCCGACAGGUUUGCAAUCACUGGGCGCUUUGUAAGAGGCGUGUAGAAGGCCUCAUGGAAUUGCUGGAGAAGCAUAAAGUGGUGCCACUCACUCCAGAGAACAUGAAAGCUCUUCAAGAGAUGCUGCAAUUACAGAUCGAGAGUCAAGAGAUGUGCGCGGUUUGUCUUGACAACCUGGACCAGCCUGUGAUUACUGCCUGUGCCCAUACCUUUUGCCGUGCCUGUAUCGAACAGGUCAUCUCACGACAGCACAAAUGUCCUCUCUGCCGUGCUGAUAUUAAGGAUAACUCCACACUGGUUGCACCCGCGACUAAUCUGGGCGAGGAUGCUGAUACUGCCACUGCCGACCCACAGAGCCCUAGCAGCAAGAUUGAAGCCUUGAUGAAAGUUCUCACAGCACAAGGCCAGGCUCCGGACACCAAAACCGUGGUGUUCAGCCAGUGGACGUCCUUCCUUGACCUUGUGGAGCCUCACCUUGAAGCCCGCGGCAUCAACUACGUGCGCAUCGACGGUAAAAUGAACUCUAUCCAACGCGACAAUUCACUCACUGUUUUCACAAAAGACCCUAGUUGCACUGUUCUGCUUGCCAGCUUGAGCGUCUGCAGUGUCGGCCUCAACCUUGUUGCCGCCAAUCAGGCCAUCCUUGCUGACAGCUGGUGGGCGCCUGCUAUUGAGGAUCAAGCUGUGGACCGUGUGUAUCGUCUGGGACAGAAGCGUGAGACCACUGUAUGGAGAUUAGUUGUGGAGGACAGCAUCGAGGAGCGUGUGCUUGAUAUUCAAAAGAGAAAACGCGAUCUCAUGAACGCGGCCUUCCGCGAGACAGGCAAGAAGAAGGCCGAGGAUCGUGCCACUCGGAUCGCUGACUUGGAAAGCCUCCUUGCUUAG